AUGCUCUUUGGAAACUCAGACAAUCUGAUGGUUAAAUGCUCAUUUAAUCUUCAACCAGAAAUAAGUCAAGCCUCAUAUUGGAAGUUUAAUGCUAGAUGUUUGAUAAAUAAUAGUAUUAAAAAAGAUAUAGAAGAGGAGUUGCAGGAACAAGUAUUAGUAAACACAUGGGACUUAAGAAAAAACAGGAUACAAGCCAGAAUUUGUCAAUACAAACCACCUUCAUCACCAGAAAGAAAAAUCUGCAGAAAAAAUACUGAAGCAACAGAGAAAGAAGAGUUAAAAGUUGUAAUAGAUAAACUUCAAGAUGAUUUACAAAAGGAACUUACACUUAUGGCAGAAAAAUGGCUGAUUCGUUCUAACUCUCGCUAG